UUUGGUUCUUCAGGUAGACAUUUCAUGGUUCUUCAGUGGUUUAGAUGUUGGUUGGACUAGGCUGGACUCCAGACUUAGGUUUGGAUUCAGAUCUGCUCCAUGUGUCUUCAUUCUGGAACCCAGGUUUAAAAAGCAAAAACACAUGGAGCAUAUUUUUCUCAGGGCUGAAGGGGAGAGUUCAAGAGGACGUCUGGAAAUUUGCCAUGCCUCAGCUCAGAAGUGGUGCACUGAAACAUACUCUGUUGGUUAAAGCAAGUCACAUAGCCAAGCCCAAAGGCAAUAGUGUGGCGAUUGACACUUGCCUACUGGGAGGCUCUGCAGUGUCUCCGGACAAAGGGUGUGGAUGUAUUACUUCCGUUGCAGGUGGGAGGAAGUGUUGGGAACAAUAAAGAGGAAGGAAAUGGGUUAAUAGAAAGAUGCUGUGAAAUUAAGUUAAAGAUGGCUGAGAAUAACGAUGCUUAGGGGAAAAAAUAUUUGUGUGUAUGUAUAUGUAUAUAUACUUAUAUAUAUGCCAAGAUACAGCAUCCUACUUUGAUAUGAAUUUUCUUACAGCAUCCAUGUUAAGGUAUCACAUUGGCUUUAUCUUAUAUAACACCUGCCAGCCCCACACCUGGCCCUAUAACCAAUUCUGAGUGACCAUGGGCAUGAAAAUAAAUAAUGUACAUGUAAAGACACCAGUUCUUAGAGAAGUAAUUCGAAAUGUGUUUAUUUUAGCUACUGAAUGUGUUCAUUCAUAGUUCUUGUGUCAUAUCCAUGUCUGCCAACCCACCUUUCACAACAGAAUCUUCUUUUCAGGGAGAUGUCCUUUGCUUCUCAGAUGUAAUGCACUUUAAGUUUGUUAUUCAGCAGUGAAAAUGAGUCAUACAGAGGUUAAAUUAAAAAUACCUUUUGGAAAUAAAUUGCUAGAUGCUGUUUGUUUGGUACCUAACAAGAGCUUAACAUAUGGAAUAAUUCUUACACAUGGAGCAUCAGGAGAUAUGAAUCUUCCUCAUUUGAUGUCACUGGCAUCCCAUCUUGCAUCUCAUGGGUUUUUUUGCCUGAGAUUUACCUGUAAAGGCCUUAAUAUUGUACAUAGAAUUAAGGCAUAUAAAUCAGUUUUGAAUUACCUAAAGACCUCAGGAGAAUACAAACUUGCAGGUGUUUUUCUUGGAGGUCGUUCAAUGGGCUCAAGAGCAGCUGCCUCUGUCAUGUGCCAUACUGAGCCAGAUGAUGCUGAUGAUUUUGUUCGAGGCCUCAUUUGUAUUUCCUACCCACUGCACCAUCCGAAGCAGCAGCAUAAACUUAGAGAUGAAGAUCUCUUUCGUAUAAAAGAUCCUGUACUGUUUGUGUCAGGCUCAGCAGAUGAAAUGUGUGAAAAGAACUUGUUGGAGAAAGUGGCACAGAAAAUGCAAGCUCCUAGUAAAAUCCACUGGAUUGAGAAGGCAAAUCAUUCCAUGGCAGUGAAAGGACGGUCAACAAAUGAUGUUUUCAAAGAAAUAAAUACACAGAUUUUGUUUUGGGUCCAGGAAAUCACUGAAACGGACAAGAAAUAAUUGUCUGUAGUUAAAAGCUGUGUUAUUUUGACUACAAAUACAGUUAAUUUGUUAAAGAACAGCAUACAUCUCAGCAUUGUGAGAUGUAUUUCAGGUUAAUUUAAUGUACUUUAAUGUUCCCCCAUUUUUAAAACACAUUUUAAUUGUGAAGUUAAUGUCCUUUACAAAAUGUCUUUUGAAAGCACUGUUGUAUAAAGAUGAUGUACAAAUAUUGAAAAUGGUCUAAAUAUAAUUUAUUUUCUUUAAUAUAGUUAAGUUUUGAAAAAUUAAACAUUGAAUUUUGUUACAAUAGAA